UUUUAUAAUAUGUUUAGCUUCUGAUUGUCUUUUAUCAAUAUUGAAUAAUAAUUUUCCAUAGAAAUUCAUACAUAAUAUUUUUUCGAUUCCUUAAUGAUUUUCAAGCAUACUAAUUAUGGUGUUGAAUAGCCCCUCUGACUUCAGGUACAUAUUUGAAAUACCAGAAUGAUGAGCUAUAUUAAUAAGUGGUAAGAACACUUAUUAUCUAUCAUGUUGCUCUUAUGUUUUUAAGUAUACUUUACUCCAAUAUGUAUGUUCUUUUCUGUUUUUUUCAGUAUCAACAUCUAGUAAAUAAUCGCAUAAACAUUUCAAAGUAAUAAUACUUUCAGCAUUUAAUAUAUUUAUUUCAGACAUAUUAGUAAUUUCUUAAUCAUUUUAAAUAACAGAGCCUGCUUAAUUAUUCAAAAAUAAUGCUUUUUUGAAUAUUUAAUAAGGACUUUAACUUGCUAAUGUAUGUUAUUUUUUAAUGUCUUACAAAACAUUCAAAUUAUUGAAAUUCGGAUAUUAUUAUUACCAUAUUGAGACUCCUAAAUUAUUAAAUGCUUUCCCUUUUUUAAAAUUAAAUUUAAAUACAUAUAUUAUUUUUGUUUAUACAAUGGUUUUCAUUUUAAUACUUAUUAAUAUAUUCUUUUAAACAUUCUUGCGCUUUUUUUGAAUUUCUCAGUAAUAUUUCAUAUGUUCCUUUAUAAUAUAAAUAAUUGGGAUUAUUUUCUAGAUAUUAAAGAUAAUUAUAAGAUUAUUUUAAAUUAUUUGAUUCAUAUGAAUAAGCCAAUGCAUUAAUUAUAUGCUUAUCUUCUUUAGUUUUCUCAUAAAUUUUAUAAAAAAUGUUAUGCAAUAAGUCUUUUUACUGAAUUUCUUAGUAAUUUUUGGCUU